UCACCACAACAUGAGGAACUGCAUUAAAGGGUCGCGGCAUUAGGAAGGUUGAGAACCACUGUGUUGUCGUCCCGUUAAGCAUCCACAGCCCUUGGCCUUGGGCCCAGGCGGUGAGGCGUGACGUCUACUGCGCACGCGCGCCGAGCUCCGCGACGGCCCCGCCCCUGGUCCGCCUGGACCAACCCCGCCCCGCCCUCUGGGGCGGAGCUAAGCACGGCUUCCGCCGGAAGUCCGGGUUCCAGCGGGAAACCGUACCCAGCCGCUGGGGGCUGGGUGAUGCAGCUCCCUCCUCCAGUGCCCGGUCGCUUCCGUGUCUUCCGCGCCCCAGUUUAGAUUUUCACGCCCAACUCUUACCCAGUCCUGAUCACACCACAUCCCAGUGCCAGGUGCAAAUCACUGCACCACCCGAAGCUAGGCGAGGAGCCUGUGUCCCGCCCGGGCCCGCCCUCGCCCUCGCCCUCGCCCGGGGCGGCCCAGGGAGGUCCCCGCCCGCCUUUCCGACCUCAUCGGCCGCACUCUCCUACCUGUCCCCCGUGCACCCUCCGCCACCCCGGCCAUGGCGCAGAAGCCGAAGGUAGACCCCCACGUCGGACGGCUGGGAUACCUGCAGGCGCUGGUCACUGAAUUCCAGGAGACGGAGAGCCAAGACGCCAAGGAGCAAGUCCUGGCCAACCUCGCCAACUUCGCCUAUGACCCCAGCAACUACCAGUAUCUGCGACAGCUGCAGGUCCUGGAUCUAUUCCUCGAUUCGCUGUCGGAGGAGAACGAGACCCUGGUGGAGUUUGCUAUUGGGGACCCGGCUGCCGGAGCCAAUGCCGGAGUCCAUUGUGUCUUCUCCCCUGGUUCCCAUGGCACCUGGCCACCUCCAGCAUAUCCCUGGGAUGGUUCUGGUGGCAAGUCGUCCCUGGCCCAGGUUCUAAGUGGAACUAUCACCAGGAGAUGGUACUGCUCAAGCCCUCUCCUCAUGAAGAACCAGCAAAUGAGGCCUCUGCAACCUGUGCUCAGACAGGGCCAACAAGGAGCACAUCCUGCAGACAGGGGGCGUCCCGCUCAUCAUCAACUGCCUGUCCAGCCCCAACGAGGAGACUGUGCUGUCCGCUGUCACCACCAUCAUGUACCUGAGCUCGCCAGGCCCCGGCUCCCACCCCGAGCUGACCGCCACGCCCGUGGUCCAGUGCAUGCUGCGCUUCUCUCUCUCGGCCAACACGCGGCUCCGGAACCUGGCCCAGGUCUUCCUGGAAGACUUCUGUUCCCCGAGCCAGGUGGCCGAAGCCCGCCGCCGGCCGGCUCACUCUGCCCUGGGCAUCCCACUGCCAAGGACCGAGGCCCCACAGCAGCCCUGACCCACGGAGACCUCGGGGCCGCGGUUCUCUCACUGCCGGAGACAAGACCGAGAUCCUGGUGGGGGCUGGGAAGCAGGAGCAGCUUGGCUCCCACUGAGCACUUUCCCCCACUUGGUGCCUUUUCAGCCAUUUUAAAGGUGAGUGUCCUCGGCCUGACAGGCACCGGCACAGGAUGCAGGCGUUAGGAGAUGAGUUGAGGAAGACAGACUUUGGGGUGUGGAGAAGGAUGGCAAAGGCAGAGCCUCUUCCUAGGCUGUCCUCAACCAAGGGACGGCCCAGGGCCUGCCACUGAUCCACCCACUGCCAGGCACUCCCUCCUGUAAGAAGCAACCAGGGCCCAAGAUCCAGAGGCUUUUGCAGAAGGUGGUUCUGAGAGCAGCUGGGCCUGGGGCUUCGGGAAGCUGCCCGCACUUGAGGAGGUAGCCUGAUCCCUUCACUGAGGGCCUGCGGUCAUUGUGAGGAGCAGGAAUGAGAAGCCUUGUUGUUAACAGUCUCAAGGCUUUGGGUAGCUGGGCACCGGCAUAGUGGGUGUUGGCCCAGAGAGCUGUGGCCCAGGAGGAACCAUUUAUCCACACAGGCCAUUUGCCAGGCGCAAUGGGAGGGCUUCAAGGAUGAAGACGUGGUCCCUGCGCCUAUGUGACGCAGCCCAAUGUCUGUAAACGUGACCAUCAGGCAUUAAGACCCAGGCCACGAGGGUGAUGACAUCAGAACACAGGCACAAACCCUCGGAGCUGCGUCUUAUCCCCACCCCCCCAUGGUCCUCGCCUGAAAGCCCUGCCAUCGGGGCUCAGUGACGGGGAGUCCUUGGCCCUGGAAAUGCGUCUCAGGAGGCUUUGGGGAUGCAGGUGGAGUGGUGUGCAGGGAGACAGGACCAGAUACUGACCGAAAGUGUGUGGCUCGUCGUCCAGUGUAUGCUGGUCAGCACAGGGAAGGGGUGUGGGGCACCCAUGGGAAGCUGGGGUUCAGGAGUGGCGGGGAGUCCUGGUCAUCUGUACUCCCUUAAGGUUGACCUCUCACAUGACCAAGGGAGGGCAGCUGCGAGGGAAUGGCAUCCAGGGGGCAGGGAGGUGGGGCAGGUCCUGGGGCCUCUGGGGGAGAGGGGGAAGGCCUCCAUCAGCCUUCAUUCCAACGGCAGCCCUCGGGCUCCUGCCCUUUCCUUUCCCAAAUAAAGAGCCUGAACAGA